GAGAAGCUUCUUCGACUGGGUUUCAUUAAACUUGUAACUCCCCUUGGGGUGCACACGUCCUCUUUGCUCACAGAGUGGACGAAACUGUUCGCCUUUGCAUUGACUAUCGCGGCCUUAACCGUUACACGGUUAAAAACAACUAUCCCAUGCCUCGCACGAAUGAGUUGUUUGACCGUCUAGCAGGCAAUCACUUCUUCACGAAAAUCGAUCUUCGUAGUGGUUACCACCAGAUCCACGUAGCCACAGAGGACCAUCCGAAAACCGCCUUUCGGUCGCGCUUCGGCCACUACGAGUUCACGGUGAUGUCAUUUAGCCUCACCAAUGCACCCGCCACCUUCCAGACGGCGAUGAACGAUAUCUUCAGGGACAUCCUUGAAGAAUACGUUCUCGUAUUACUUGAUGACAUCUUGGUCUACAGUCAUACCUUAGAAGACCAUCUCAGACACCUCCGUGAUGUCCUACAUCGCUUACGCAAGCAUGGCUUCUAUGCCAAGCUUAGUACGUGCCGCUUUGCCCAGAGCAAAGUGGACUUCCUAGGACACCAUGUGUCUGACCAGGGUUUCCACAUGGACGAUGCGAAGAUCACUGCUAUUGCAAAGUGGCCCGUCCCCACAUCUGCCAAGCAGCUUCGCAGUUUCCUAGGCCUCACUAGCUACUAUAGUAAUUUCAUCCAGCGAUACACUAGGUGUUUCCCUCUCCUCCUGAUUUACCUUAUCCCCAUGUUCCUCCUUCCCCCCCCUCUUCCUGUUGGCACUGCUUCUCGACUGACACCUAUCCUCCCACCACUUCCCUUCACUGACAGUCCUCCUGUUACUCACUCCCCGACCAUUGCGGAGGAUGGGACUGUCGAGGCUCGUGUUGGGGAUUGCCCGAUCGCUUUCUACUCUCGCCAGGUACUGCCUCCCGAGAUAAACUACAUUGUCGGUGAACAUGAGGUUCUUGCAGUAGUUUAUGCCACCGACAUUGGCGUCAUUAUCUGCACGGGGCGCCCUUCACGGUGCGCACAAACAACUCAGUUGUCCAGGCUUUCCUCACGAAGCCGAAACUUUCCCCUCGACCGGCACGCCGGUGGCGUGAUUUGUCUGAGUUCAGUUUCACCACUCAGCCCAUCAAGGGUGAAACGAAACGCGUCUGAUCACAAUCAGGAACCCAUCCAUCUUGUUGCCUUCUCCAUCACCAUUGUUGAUCAGCCGGUGAUCAACGCAUAUUGCACUAAGGACCGCCGCUGCCCGGAUUAUCGCGUCGUCCAUGCUACAUUACGAAAUGGCAAGACCGUUCCUUCAUACUCCCUCGGGGAGAACGGACAGCUCCGCGUCCAAGCUGUAGCAGAGUUCCAUGACCAGGCAGUUGUCUUGGCUCGUGUUUGCCGCCUAUACGUCUGGCCGAAGUCAAAGGACUUCGUCAAAGUCUACAUCCAGGAGUGUCCUACCUGCCAGGAGGUGAACAAUGCGAACCACCUUCCGUAUGGGUUACUUCAGCCCCUACCCAUACCUGAGGGUCGUUGGCAGUCCAUCUCGAUGAAUUUCAUUGGUCCCCUUCUUCCACCCAUUGAGCGCGAUCAUGAUGCUAUCUUGAUUGUCGUCGAUCGUUUCACGAAGCGUGUACGUUUUGUCCCGUGCCGCUAUCACAUUAGUGCUCGUGAGGUCGCCGACAUCGUCUUCGACCGAGUCGUGAGAGAUCACGGCUUACCUCAGAGGAUCCUCUCCGACCGUGACGCGCUUUACCAGCACAUUCUGGCGACGCCUACACGAGGUGUACGGAUCCCAGCUCCGCUUCUUAUCGUCUUACCACCCUCAGACAGAUGGUCAGACUGAGGUCACCAAUAAAACUGUCGGUAAUAU